AUGACCAACGACAUCCGCUUCACCCGCGUGCCCCGCAAGAGGUGGCCCGAAGGCAGCAUGCGGCCCCUGUACCACUUCGCGCUGGGCUACCCGCGCGUCGUCGCGGCGGAGAGGUCUCCCGAGUAUGCCCCGGUGGCGGGGCAGCUGCCCUCGCGGGUGCUCGGGUACAUCCCGCAGGUGCCUCAGACGUACGGCUACUGGGACACGACCUACGGGGUCCAGAACGAGGUGGGGCUCUCCAUCGGUGAGAGUACUUGCACAGCCAACACUGUUGGCUGGGCGUCGGACGUUCCUCACGGCUACAACAAGGCGGGCAUCGAGGAACUUUCCAAGAUAGCCAUGGAGCGGUGCGAGACGGCGCGCUCGGCGCGAUGCGCGGUGGAGAUCAUGGGCAAGAUUGCGGUGGAAGAAGGGUUCUACAGUGCUGACAGCGGUGAUCCUAACGCCCCUGCGUACGGAGCGUCGUCGGAGUGCCUUGCAGUGGGCGACGCGUCUGGCGGGCUCUGGCUGUUCAACGUUCUCACAGGUGCGAACAAUGCUAGUGCGAUCUGGGCAGCGCAGCGCAUGCCAUCGAACGCGGUCGUUGCCAUCGGGAACUCUUUCACGAUUCGCAAGAUGAACCUUAGUGACCCAGAGAACUUCCUCUACAGCCCUGGUAUCACCAAGCUGGCGGAGGAGAAGGGCUGGUGGAGCCCAAGGGACGAGACAUCUUCGGACGUCUUCGAUUUUUUCGGCGCGUACGGUUACACUCCUGGCUCCCUCGGGGAGAAUAUCACCGCGGACGCCGCCGAGCGCCUGGCGAGCCUGCUCGCGUUCUACAGCGGCAGGCGGAUGUGGCGCGUCUUCAGCCUGCUCAGCCCCGAGGAGGGCGCGAAGCUGGACCCAGACAGGGGCAACCUGCCGCACACGAGGGACCCCUACCCCGCGUGGGUCCCUGCGCCCGCCGGCUCCGUGACGCUCCCCACUACGAGGCGGCGGAUAUGGAUGCAUCCCCGCCUCGCGCCCAUGGUGCUCCACGCGUACCGCGACCACAUGGAGGGGACCCCCUACGACCUCACCAAGGGCAUGGCGGCCGGCCCGCACGGCAACCCGAACAGGGCUCCCUCGGCUCCGGGGGCGCCCGGCGGGCAGUGGGAGCGGGCCAUCUCCAUGUUCCGGACCACGUGGUCGUUCGUCAACGUGGCCAGGCCGGGGGGCAGGAGCGUGGUGUGGUUCGGCUACGACGCGGCGCACGGCACGGCCUACAUCCCGUUUUACGGCGCGGCGACCAGGGGCGGGCCAGAGUGUUACCACAGCCACGACGGCACCAUGGCGAAGUUCAGCUUCAACGUGGCCUGGACGCCGUUCGGCAUGCUCAACUCCUUCUCGGAGGUCAACUUCGGGCUCAUCAACGGGCACGUCCGGGCCCAGGCGGCCCGCCUGGAGGCGGAGGCCAUGCGGCAAGUCGAGGACUGGGAGAAGGAGGCAGACUGGAUCCCGUCGCCAGAGGCCUCGCUCGACUUGCUCACCGCCAGAUCCAACGCCUUCGCGGAAGAGGCUGUAAAGGGCUGGUGGAAGUUCAUGUUUGACACUUUCCUGCGGUUCGGCCACGACAUGGUGACCUUCAACGACUCGGCGACGGGCGUGGACUACUACGGUCAGAGAUACCCUGAUUGGUGGCUGGAGAGCCGCGACGUGGGCUACACCACGUGGUCCAGGCACGGGGACUCCGCCACGCCCGACCUGGGCCCGCCGUCCCUGUCGGCAGCCGCCGCGGGAGGCGGCCUGGGCCUGCCAUCGCAGCGGUCCGCCGCCUCCCCGCCCGCCAUCCUCCUGGCGGUCGCUGGCGCCUGCGCCUCCCUGGCCGCCGUGGCGCACGCGGCGUAUUCCGCCGGCCUCCGGGAGGGCAGGAAAGGUGGCGCGGCCGACGUCCGCGUCGCCCGCACCCGACGC